UCCCACGAACAAGCGGAGGCGCGGCGGGGAGCGACGGGUCGGUUUGGAGGCAGGAGGCCGGGUGGCCGCUUUCCUGCCUGGAUGCGUGGUCUUUCCGGGGCUCGGUGGCUCCUGGGGGCAGCAGCCCUCCUGCUGGCUGGAGAUCCCUUUACCUCCUCCCACGCCCACCACACCUUGCAUUAUUUUUUCACCGGGGUGUCGGAGCCCGGCCAAGGGCUGCCUCAUUUCACCAUCGUGGGCUACUUGGACGACCAGCAGUUUGUCCGGUAUGACAGCGACGCCAGGAGGGACCUGCCCCGUGCGCCCUGGAUCCGGAAGGUGGAACAGGAGGACCCCCAGUACUGGGACUGGCAGACGCAGCUCUCUCGCAGCUGGGAGCUUUACUUCCGGGUGACCCUGUGGAGCCGCUUCAACCACAGCCAGGGGCUCCACGUCUGGCAAUGGAUGCACGGCUGUGAACUGGACACGGACGGGCGCAAAGGGGGCCACUCCCAGUUUGGCUAUGACGGGAAGGAUUUCCUCAGCCUGGACAAGGAGACUCUCACUUGGACGGCCGCUGACUCCAGAGCCCAGGUGACCAAGAGACGGUGGGAGGCCGACCGGGUCUGGACCGAGGGCCGGAAGAACUUCCUGGAGGGAGACUGUAUCAAGUGGCUGCAGAAGUACCUGGACUACGGGAAGGAGACUCUCCUCAGGACAGAACCUCCAGUGGUGACGGUGGCAUCGAAAGCGAGCUACGGUGGCUUAGAGAGGCUCACUUGCCAGGCCUACGGCUUCUACCCCAAGGAGAUUGAGGCCACGUGGAUCAAGGACGGGGAGAGCUUGGAAGCGGAGACCUACCGUGGGAGUGUUUCCCCCAAUUCGGAUGGGACCUACUAUACCUGGCUGAGCAUCGAGAUCAACCCUGAGGAGAGGGACCUCUACCGGUGCCACGUGGAGCACGACGGCUUGUCUGAAGCUCUGGAUGUGGCCUGGAAGGCACCCGCCUCCGUUGGGCUUCUUGUGGGAUGCAUCUUGGGAGCCGUGACUGUCCUGAUCCUUCUCGUGACCGGGGUUGUCUUCUGCAUCCGUAAGUAGACCUUGAUUUCCCUCUUUU